CUAUCUAUGAAAGCGAAAUGGGGAACUCCCCACAUUGAGCCUGAUAAAGUUGCGCCGGGUCCGGUCCAAUGCCGAAUCUUUCAGUCAGCUCGGGCGCGUCAAAACGAUCAGAACAUAUGUAUAUAAAUAACGGAAGAAACGAAAUGAGUGAAAAAGCUUGUGGUAGCAAUGUGGGAGAAGCUGAUUCCGCGGACAAUAGAAAGAGAAAAGCUGCUGGAGAUUGCACCGAUGACGCACCCAUUGCAAAGAAAGCCGCAGUGGAAACGUCUCAUACAACUAUUUUUGAUAAAGCUUGUGGUACCAAUGUGGGAGAAGCUGAUUCCGCGGACAAUAGAAAGAGAAAAGCUGCUGGAGAUUGCACCGAUGACGCACCCAUUGCAAAGAAAGCCGCAGUGGAAACGUCUCGUACAACUAUUUUUGAUAUUAUCGAGGAUUGCUGGAAAAUUGUAUUUGAUUAUCUGCAGGUAGAAGACCAACUAAGGCUCGCUUCUUCAAACCUGUGGAUUCGAGAAAUGUUCAAGAGAUACGCAAGCCAUCGGUACAGUCAUUUUGGUGAAUCGCUCACGAAAUGUCUUGGCGAAGAAGAUCUGGAAGAACUGUUGCAGAUUGUUGCUGAUAAUCUGCUUAGCUAUGAGUCCGAAUUGAAUAAAAGUUCGAAUGGCGAUCAGCAUCUUUGGCUCUUGCGGAGCCACUGCAAGAAUAUCCGAAAUUUGAAAAUGACCUUUCGACGGACCAGAUGGGACGAUCUAAACAGCCUUAAACAUCUGACAUCUUUGCACGCUCAUCUGUGCUUUCCAGACGUAGAUAAGUGGUGUGUUGCUUUUGUUCUAAAUCUCAAGCAAUUCACGUGUCUAAGGAAACUGCACUUGGAGGCUGUCUCAUAUAGCGGAAGAGGAUUGCAUGUUCUUGAUCAACUGGAAUCUCUGGAGGUGGGUGCCUGUCGUGGAUUCUAUGCCGAGAGCUUGGCGGACUGCUGCCUAACAAUGAAGGAAUUGCGGCAUUUGGACUUUGGACAAUAUAUUCAAAAUAUCAUUAAAAACAAUUUCGAUAUUUUGGUAGAGAACUGCAAACAGCUGGAAAGUCUGGCAUUUGGUGUAGACCGCCUCGAUGCAAAAGUGCACUAUGAGCUAGUCUGCCAGUUGCCUCGUUUGCAACAUUUGCAGUUGUGGCAUAACGGCACUGUGCACCGCCCCCUUAUCGAGGGAUUGAUCAACAAGCAGGGUUCUCCUCUGGAAAGCCUUAUACUGUCCGGGCCCGAUUUGUGGGAAGAACAGGUUAAGCAUCUUUGCAAUAUUUCUACACUCAAGGAACUCGUUGUAUCCUGCAACAGCGUCCCCUUGGCGGACUUGUUGAAGCUGGAGAGCCUUCUAUACCUCCACAUAGCCAUUCCUAGCAUUACGAAUGACCAACUUCUGGACCUUCUGAUGGGGCUUCCGAACCUAAAAGUUCUCAAUUUAAGAUGUUGCCGUAAUAUAGACAAUUCAUUUGUGCAACGUUGGACUUGGGUGACCAAACAGAGGGAGGAGCUCAAAAAGAUCAAAAUCUAUCUCGAAAAUUCACCAAUACACGAUAAUGUUGAUGCUGUUGAUGUUGGUCCUUUGGUUAACAUAAUAAGGGGUUCUCUAAGAGAUCCCAUAUUAAUAAGAAAAUGUCUAAGUGACCGAGAUCAGAACUAGCAAAUCUACCGAUUUUGCUUGAGUAAUUUUCAGGCAUACAUUUAUGAAACUCUAAUAAAUGCUAAAUGAAAAUCCAAAAAAAUCAGAUUAAAUGUACGAAAAACCUUAACAUACACAAAUAUUGAAAAUACGACAGAACCGAAAACCUAAAAUUAAGACAAUUUCUAUAUGUCUACAUACAUACAUAUGUACACAUAUCGACUCGCGUAUGCAUGCAAAUCAUGAUUGCAAACUAUUGUCAUAUUUUAAUAUCUCGGUCAAGGGUAUAAUAAUUAUUCAAUUCAAUUUAAAUUUAUGUUUUCUUAAUUGUUAAAUUUAACGAUAAAUUCCUUUUAUUCUUUAAAUAAAUUUCUGUAAAUUA